AGCGGAUUUCAAAGACAUUUUCAAUCAAACGUUCCAUUUUGUUCUCCAGUUUAGUUCGAUUUUUUUCUGUGAAGCUCGAAAUGCUACUGUUUUGUCCAACUUGUGCUAACGUCCUUAUAGUAGAGGAAGGAUCUGGAUGUUCAUCUUAUCGCUUUGCCUGUCAAACCUGUCCAUACGUGUACAACAUCACCAAAAAGAUUUCGAACAGAAAGUAUCCAAAAUUGAAGGAAGUUGAUGAUGUUCUUGGAGGGAAAAAUGCCUGGGAAAAUGUAGAUUCAACGGAAGAGAGAUGUCCUAAGUGUGAACAUGACAGGGCCUACUUCAUGCAGAUCCAAACACGUUCUGCUGAUGAACCAAUGACAACAUUUUACAAGUGCUGCAAAUGUGGAAACAGGUGGAAAGAAUAAUGGAGAAAUUGAUGGAAAGAGAAAAAUGAAUGAGACGAAAACAAGGAAUGGAUUGAAAGAGAACAAGACUGGACCAGAAAGAAUUGCAAGGUACUGGAAAUGUCACUUAUCCAGAAAACUCCUACAGCCUUACAUGACUCUAAUGUCUCGAUAACAAAUGGUGUGAAAAUAACUUGCUUAUUUUCUUAUGUCAAUCACAUUUACAGUAGUAAAUCAAAUUUACAGUAUCUUUGAUUGACAAAGCAUGAAAAAUGUUCUAAAGGACUUUGACCUGUUUUGCUGCCGUUAGAUAUAUAGACAUUUAAAUAAUGAAUAUCAGAAUGAGAAACUGCAGUAUCUAUGACUCUGUCAGAAUGAACAUGGGUGUAAAAUGGACCAUAAAACAGAGUCUGGACAGCGAAAUGAAGAAGGGAAUGCAAGACUUAGUUUUCAUUGUAUGUAGAUAUGUUUGUACUACAUUGUAACAUGUUUUCCUCUGAAAACCUUGAUGACCAAUUUUCGAGUUAGAUGUGAAGUUUUCAAGCA